CUCUUUCAAGUUCCCUGACUCACACUGAUUCCAAAGAUCUUCUCCAGAAGAGGACAGGGUGCAGGACAGAGGACCAUAGUGAUAGUGAAUUGAUUCGGAUUAAAAUCUGGUGAGCCAACCAUGACUGGCAAGACACAGACCAGCAACGUCACCAAUAAGAAUGACCCCAAGUCCAUCAACUCCCGUGUAUUCAUCGGCAACCUAAAUACAGCCAUAGUCAAGAAAAGUGAUAUUGAAGCCAUUUUCUCCAAGUAUGGAAAGAUAGUUGGAUGUUCAGUUCAUAAAGGGUAUGCAUUUGUACAGUAUAUGAGUGAACGACAUGCAAGAGCUGCAGUGGCUGGAGAAAAUGCAAGGAUCAUAGCAGGUCAACCACUUGAUAUCAACAUGGCUGGGGAACCCAAACCAUACAGACCAAAACCAGGAAACAAGAGGCCCCUUUCUGCACUUUAUAGACUUGAAUCAAAGGAGCCCUUCCUGUCAGUAGGCCUGCAAGAGGGAUCCCUGAGCACAGAGCCAGGUGGUUAUGUUUUUGACUAUGAUUACUACAGAGAUGAUUUCUACAAUAGGUUAUUUGACUACCAUGGGCGUGUGCCUCCACCUCCCAGGGCAGUGAUCCCCCUGAAGCGUCCCAGAGUGGCUGUGGCCACGACCCGCAGAGGCAAAGGUGUCUUCUCCAUGAAGGGGGGUUCGAGGUCUGCUGUAAGUGGAUCUUCAUCAGCCUCUAAAUUGAAAUCAGAUGAGUUACAGACAAUCAAAAAAGAAUUAACCCAGAUCAAAACGAAAAUCGACUCCUUGCUAGGACGCCUGGAAAAGAUUGAGAAGCAACAGAAGGCCGAGGCAGAGGCUCAGAAGAAACAGCUGGAAGAGACGGUAGAGCUGAUCCAAGAAGAAAGUGUGUCUGAGAAUGCUGAUCACUCUACAGAGGAGCCUGCCGAAGGAGGGCCUGAUGCAGAUGGAGAAGAGAUGACUGAUGGGAUAGAGGAGGACUUCGAUGAAGAUGGGGGUCAUGCGCUGGUAGGAACUAAACAUUUGGUGUCCACAUGCUUGAGUAACAGCACCAGCAUAUCAACAGUUAAUUAAUUCUAAAACUUUUCAUGUUUAAUUUUAAAAUUAAACAUGGGGGGCUUAUUUGUUUCUUAUAUGGAUUUAUUUAAAUCACCAUAUAUAUUAAAACAGUUCUUUGUGUAUAAGUGAUCUAUAUAUUUGUGCCAAAACCUGAGGGAAUAAAUAAAUAAAUAAUAAAGAUAUA